AUGCAAAUCCAAACGGCAACGGAUGAGAUGAUGUGUCGGGGCUUUUCUAUCACCCUUACUGGAUCAGCUCGGAGUUGGUACAGGCAACUCAAGCCCAAUUCGGUCGGCUCCUUCGCAGAGCCCAGUAGAUUGUUCCUUACCCAGUUCAUAAGUGGUAAGAAGAGUCGUAAGCUGACUACUCAUUUGUUCACCAUCAAACAGGGGCUUAAAGAGUCAUUGAAGGACUUACAGGUGAAGGAUUAUGAUGACAAAAUGGCUCUCUCUGCCAUGUUCAGCGGACUGAAAGAGGGGAAGUUUACCUUCUCAAUUGGAAAGAACCCGCCAAAGACGUUGGUCGAGCUCGUCACCAGAGCUCAGAAAUACACUAAUGCUGAGGAGUUCUCCAACUCUCGUAAAAAUAUCCAAGUAGCGGAGCCGUUAACUAAAGGGAAGAGGCUAAAGAACGAAGAGCCUCAGUCAUUUAACAAGAAAUCAAACGACUAUGUUCCUCGUGAUCGUCGCCCGAGCAGGAAGCCUGAGGGCAAGUUCCGUUCCUACACUUCUGUUAACACAUCUACAGAACAGAUACUGUUGGACAUCAGGGGUCAAAAACUCCUUAAUUGGCCCAUUUGCAUGAAAGCCGAUGUGGAGCACCGAGACAAGCGCAAGUAUUGCCUGUUCCAUCGAGACCACGGUCACAACACGAGUGACUGCGUAGAUCUCAAGGACGAGAUCGAGAUCCUCAUCCGUAAGGGUCAUCUGCAUCGACACACCAAGGAGGAUAAAUCAGCUCAGAGAGGAGUAGCUGAGCAAAACUGCGGAAGAACCAGUCGAAAUCCAUACCAUCUUUGGUGGUUCAUCCAGUGGAGGAGACUUAAACAGGGCUCGUAA